GAACGAUGAGCGAUCCGAUCAACGAUUCGGAGAAGAAGGCUAUUGAGCUGCCAACCUUACGGGAAGACGACGAGGUUCUACCAACCAUCCCAGAGGAAAGUACAAGCUCUGAUAUGCGUAGCGACAUUCCUGUAAUUCAAGUGACCACCAUCCCCAAAAAGGAUGUCGAUACAAUUCACAUUUACUCUAGAGCCUCUAGCAAGGCAACAAGCAGUUUUUACGGAGCGGCAGGCCGCCAGUCUACCAUUCUUGGAGAAGAUCCUUUGUUUAAUGAUCACGAUCCCGUGGCGAUUAUCAGUGCUUCUCGCAUGAACACGCAAGGCCACACAAAGUCUUCCUACCAUUUGCAGAAAUCCCUGACGACUGCCUCGAUUCCUGCGGAGAUUCCUGGAAUCCCCUUUGUGAAGCGCUUGACGUCCCGGUCGUCGAUCGGCGCCUUCAUCGGGCUGCUGAUCUCCAUCAUCGUCAUGUGCUGUCCUUUAGACCCAACGAACGUCUCCGUUCAGCGUUGUGCCGGCGUUCUCCUGAUCAUGGCGACGUUGUGGAUCAGCGAGAUCAUCCCGCUGUCGGUGACGGCGUUGCUCCCGGUGAUUCUCUUCCCGUUCCUCAACAUCCUCCCCGCCUCGACGGUCUCCACGCAGUACUUCAACGACGUGAUCUUUUUGUUCUUCGCGGGCUUUUUGAUGUCCCUGGCGAUGGAGAAAUGGAACCUGCACAUGCGCAUCGCACUCUGCAUCAUGCGCCUCUUCACGCGUCCCCGCUCCAUGCUGCUGGGCAUCAUGUGCACCGGCGCGGUGCUCUCCAUUUUCGUGAGCAACACGGCGGCGGCGCUGAUGAUGGUGGCGAACUGCAACGCGCUGGUGGAGUCGCUGAACAAGCGCUUCGGCGAGAAGAAAGUGAAGGGCUUCGCGAAGUCCAUUUUCCUGGGCAUCGCGUUCUCCACCUCCAUCGGCGGAAUCCCCACGCUCAUCUCCUCCCCGCCGAACAUGAUCUUCGCGCAGAUGUUCAACGACCGCUUCGGAGACAAGCCCGGCGUCCCGGUGAUCUCCUUCUCCAACUGGCUCAUCUCCACGCUGCCCAUGAGCAUCGUGCUGCUGCUCUGCGCGUGGGUGAUGCUCUUCUAUUUCUGCCCCGCGCCCUCGCAGUUCAGCAUCGAUAAAUCCUUCUGCGUCGAAGAAUACAAAAAACUCGGCAAAAUGAAAUACGAAGAGUACGUCGUCGCCUUCGGAUUCGUCCUUCUCUCCCUCCUCUGGCUCUUCCGCGUCGACCUCAACUUCGGAGACAGCUUCUCCAUCCCAGGCUGGAGCAAUCUGUUCCCCUCGACGGCCGGCAUUUCCGACGGCACCGUGGGCAUGACCGUCGCUCUGCUCCUCUUCUUCAUCCCCUCGCGCAAGACGCUCCGCGGGGAGAAGGUGGAAUCCAAGGACGAGGAAUUCAUCAUGACGUGGGGCACCGCGAAGAAACUCCCCUGGGAUCUGGUGCUUCUGUUCGGCGGCGGCUUCGCGCUGGCCGCGGGGGCGGAGCAGAGCGGGCUGGCGACGUGGAUCGGGUCGAAGAUGAGCCGGCUGGGCGGUCUGAACGUGUUCCUCACGACGUUCCUGAUCGAAGUGAUCAUGGUGAUCGUCGGCAUUUUCACCUCCAAUACCGCCUGCGCCAGCAUUAUGAUCCCCGUCGUGAUCGGCGUGGCGACGUCGAGCCAGAUCAACCCGCUCGUGCUGCUGUUCCCGGUCGUGUGCUGCUGCUCCUGUGCGUUUUUGCUGCCCUCGUCGACGCCGCCCAACUUGAUCGCCUAUACCAGUAACACGUUCACCACUCUGGAUCUGCUUCUCAGCGGAUUGUGUCUGUCGGUGGUGUGCAUCAUCGCGUUUGAGAUUAAUAAUUUCACGAUCUUCCCUGCGGUCAUCGGAUAUGAUUGGAGAGUCUUCCCGGAGUGGGCGAUGUAGUUGGGAACGGUUCUGAAUUGCUUUGAUGCU